UCUCCAAAUCGCCUUUUUUAAAACCGAGUGACUUGAAUUCAACAAAUCGCCAUUUGUUAAAAAGGCGAUUUGUAGACUUCAAGUUAAUUGGACUAGCGCAGGUCCUACUUUAAAAUUAAUAUUCGUUUAACAUGACUAAAUGAGACAUAAACAUGAUUAACACUAGAUCUUCAAAUCUACAGUGCAAUUAUCCUUGAACUGUGCUUAUGUAAAAGUGAAUGAACAAUGACCAAGUCAGACGGAUUAGUCCUUCAGUGUUGAAGAAACUAAAGGAAUAAUGAGGAAUGUAAAAUUAAUUGAUAAAAUCCACUAUUUGCAGUGAGUUAAAUUGGGUCAUUUUCUGCAUCAGAUUUAUUUUUGUAAUGGACAUCACAGGCUUAACAUGUGACUUAAUAUCAGAGUUAUUUGUUUUGAGAUAAUGUACAUAUACUUAAACUAACUGUUAGCACGCAAUGUGUGCUAUGCUUGUUAUAGUGAGAUAAGAAAUCAGUGUUUGUCUGCUCUUGGAUCACACUGCUGACUUCUGGGUGUUCAGUAUUUCAAAGAUGCACUCUCUACAGUUCACAUCAUGUACAUUGUACAGUAAAGGCUUUUCAUGGAUUGAUGAUUUGUUUUUCAUGAAAAGACAUGCAGGUAUUUCUAGUUUUUAGCACCUCUUUUCGUAAAAUUAUGACAAAAUGAUGAGGACAAGUGUACCAAAACUUGGACUGAAAGUAAACCAUAAACUCUCUGUUUAUAAAUUCUUCAUAAUUAGACUCUGAGCUGUGCACUAGUCAAAUGUCAGAGCUCAGUUGAAAUUCUGAAUACAUUUUCACCAAUUUACAUCAACAGCAAGUGAAACCAAGUUAUUUAAAUUUCCAGUCCAUGAGAAGACAGAUGCAUCUAUGCCAGUCUGUCUGUCUUUAUGUACUCUAAUGAAAGUACUUGCUUUUUUUGCCUUGCAGAAAUUCACUAUCAUUUACAUCUGAAGUGUCCUACUACUGAAAAGUUAUAGUUGGGACAUACAUUGCCAUUCAAAGGAAUUAGCGUCGCAGCAGCUUAAAAACAUCAAAGUCUACCCGGGUACUGACUACAUGUUGCUAUACUAAUAAAUAAAUUCAUAUCUGUUACUAUGGCAACUCAUUUGAUGAUUGUAUUGGGAGUGGUGGUCGUAAGCCUCAUGUGCCUCCCAGCCAUCACAGCUAACCUUCAGUUCAAAGAUGUGAUGUACAAAUCCAGAGAAUCUCCGUUUCAUGAUUUGACUUCGAUGAGUCACAAAGUGUCGCCUCAGUGCCGUGCUGAGGUGGACCGACUUCUCCAAGGUAACCUAAAGACUCUGGCGGAGGAUGUUGUACUUGCUCUUGAUGCAUUUGGCAAGCCUCCUGCUGGAAUUCUUCAAUUGAACACAGCCUGGCUAGGACACUACGAUGAAUGUGUGGCCAUAGAAGGAUUCAACUACUGCUUGACUGUGUUGUCUCUGAAUAUCACCAAACUAAUUCCAAAAUCGGGCAAUGCAUCAUCAUCAGGGCCGCUAGCGGGGUUGGCUGCCUUGAAACAAGUGAAUAUUUCUUGGGGAGUUUGUCCACCUGCCAACUGCAGUGAGAUGGAUGUCUUGUCGGUCCUCCAGGAUCUUUUGGAUGGCCUUAAUUUACUGGAGAGGUUUGGUAUACCUACUGAUGCACUGACAGAAGGGUCAGCAAUAUGCACCAAGCACCCAGCAAUACCAUAUAACACUGGAUUCAUCUUGACAGUAAUUCUUUGCUGUGCUAUUGCAUCCCUGAUGAUCAUUGGUGCCUUGUAUGAUGAAUACCUGAAGCUCCAACUCAAGAAGUCUCUCUAUGUGACACUGGUAGAAAGCCUCCUAACACCCUUCAAGUUGCUGGACGAUACAGACGAGGUUACUGAAGAAACUGAUGAUGUACCCUUACUUAAUGGUGUGGGAACUGAACACUCGAUAAACAGAGAGAGUAACUCUCCAAAGAAAGAGAGCUUGGCUGUCCGAUUUCUUCUGUGUUUUGCCCUGAACCGCAACCUGGCUAAACUGAUGGACGUGAAACAAGGGGAUAAAACCAUCAGUGCCCUCAAUGGUAUUCGGGUCAUCAGCAUGUCAUGGGUCAUCCUAGGUCACACCAUCGUAUUUGGUUUCCUGGCCAACAUCACACACAAUGCCCCAACUAUCAUCAGUUGGAUCAAAGAUCAUUUUGGCUUUCAAGCUGUGGCUAAUGCAUUCUUUGCUGUCGACUCCUUCUUUUUCUUGAGCGGGUUCUUGUUGGCGUACCUUACCUUUGGUCGUUUUCGGGAAUUAAGGACAGUCAAGACGUGGGCUCUCUUCUACUUCCAUCGCUAUUGGAGAUUGACCCCUCUUUUCGCUUUCGUCAUCUUGAUCUGGAUGUACAUACCACAGUUCUUUGGCGAGGGUCCAAUUUGGCAACAGAAUACCCUUAGACCAUUGUGCUCAUCGUAUUGGUGGAGUAGCUUACUGUAUAUCAGUAACUUCUACCCAACCACUUUCCUGAGUCAGUGUAUGGGCUGGACCUGGUACUUGGCCAAUGACAUGCAGUUCUUUGUCAUCAGUCCAUUGCUUCUAGUUCCAUUGUUCUACUUUCCUGUGUUUGGCUGGUUGAGUUUGAUUGCUACACUUCUGGCAUCAUUCAUUAGUACCGGUUUGAUCAUCGGUAUCUAUGACCUAAAAAUAGACAUACUGGACGUAUUGACGGGAAUGCAAAGUAAUGACUAUAUGUCCUUGGUGUAUGGCAAACCGUACUGCCGUAUCUCUCCUUACCUGGUCGGUAUUGGUCUAGGCUACAUCAUGCAUCGCAUUGGCAACCGCAAAGUGAAACUGAACCCAGCUUUGGCCCUGAUUGGUUGGCUAGCUGCUGCUGCCUUGGCGAUGAGUGUGGUAUAUGGAUUGUAUCCUAGUACCAAAUCACCAAUGUCUAGGCCGGCUUCUAUUGUCUAUGCCUCAGUCAGUCGUUUUGUCUGGGCGUUGUCCCUAGCUUGGGUGGUAUACGCAUGCAAGUAUGGAUAUGGAGGAUGGAUUAACAGUUUCCUGUCCUGGCAUUUCUGGGUACCUCUUAGCAGAGUCACCUUUUCUGCCUACUUGAUCCAUCCCAUCGUCAUUUUAGUGUUCUACGAUAAUUUUGCUAGCCCUUGGCACUUCUCAGUCUAUUUGACUGCUUUUUACUUUGCUGGCGUGGCAUCUAUCUCCUACUUCAUUGCCAUCUUCCUUGCGCUAGCCAUCGAGUACCCCUGCGCUAACCUGGAGAAGCUUUUCCUUCCGUCUCUACCAAGACCUAAGAAGGAGGAAGGUAGGCAGGUGACACAAGGUGAUGGAGUAGUCCAAGUGGUAAGGUCUCCACCUCCUGAAGAUGACGGUUUCCGAGCAAGAGGCCCUACCCAUGAAAAUUGAAUCACAAUUCCAGUAGGAUUCUAUGUCAAUAGCAGAUAAUGAGUCUCUCAGUUAGUGUACUAAUUGUGCUUCAAACCUUUGCUCUGGGAUUAUCUCCUUUGUUUUACUUAACCCAGGAGUAAAAUCAAGUCAUCUUAAGUCAGUCAUAGUCAAUUAACUGCCUCCAAAACAAUUGUUUGUUAUAUAUAUGGUCAUCCCUGUCUUUUCACUAUUCAUAAUCUGACUGGUAAUUAACUAAAUUUUACUUCUGAUUAGCUUGUGACAUUUGACCUGUGAUUGGCUUUGUCACAUUCGUGUUGUGGUAUGGAUACAUUUAUGGAUUGACAGACAGAAUAUUUCAUUCCAAGAGACAAGGCCGAAUGAAACAAAACCAAUUAUCCUGAAAGGAAACUAUUAUUUCCAUUCUGUGAAUAUGAAAAAUAAUUCUAAAAAACUCUUGAAUAUGUCCCAGAAAGACCCAGCUUGACUGUGGAAUAGAAGAUUCUAUUUUCAUGGAAUAGAACUUCUGUUUUUUGUGGUACAGUCCUAUUGUUUGUACAAAUAAUUCAGUGACAUGUGAUCGACGACUCACCAAUCAGGUGAGAGGGAUUUAUAAAGGCCUUAAUUAAAAUAGAUCAUUCAAGUUUCACCUUAUAAGAGCUGGGGGGGCGCCUUAACUUUUUUUUCAGGAGUUGAACCUUUAGGAGUUUUUAGAGUACAGGUCACUCCGUGUGGUCAUUUUGACACCAGUGUUGUGAAAAUUGAACAUACCAUUCUCGCACAGCACACAUUUUCCGAAUGUAUACUUUUCCACUGCAGUGCUCAAUGGACAUGGGCUGGCAUGCAUGUAACCUUGAAUUUAAAAUGACUGUGACAACAAAGCGGUCCAUUUGAUGUAAGAUCAAACGUCACAUUUGUAGUGAUAAGGAGUGUCUCUGCCAAAAAUCGAAUGAGGCACAGCCGAGUUCUUACUCUUAAGGGGUGAAAUCUGCCCCUGGCUGUGAGAUGGGCUAAAAUAACACUGCUCUUGUAGGGUAAAUCCUUCCUACUUUGUUCGAGUUUUAAAGAACACUGAAUAUUGUUGGAUUGAGUCUGGUCAGGGUUUCCUUUUUGGGGCAUUACAUAGAUUCAGGGUCCGAAUGUGUGACAUUUUUAUGUCCAUGUUACAUGCAACCUAUGUAAUUUGACCUGGAAAUACCAUUGAAAUUGACUCCAAGCUACAUUUAUUGUUUUGCAGAUAAUUCACACUACCAAAUCACGCUUAGAAAUUAAAGAAUGUGUUCUACAUGUAAAUGUAAAAAAAUCAUGUUGGAUCUGAUAGGGACACCAAAAAUUGGACUCCAAAUUUAUAGAAUGACCCUUUUACGCUUCACUUCAGUAUUCAUACCACAUUUUUAUUCUAAGGAAGGUGUAAAUGUAAUUUGUUGCCGUUCAUGUUACUCGUUGUUGCAUUUUCAUUGUUAAGAUUGAUGUUUUCAUUUUUCAAA